UAUAUCCGGCAGGCAGUUCACUCGUCGCCGUUGCGUCAGUUUGUUCGACUCUCGACUCUCAGCCCACAGCUCACAGUUCACAGUUCACAAUUCACGCCGCGUCGUUUACAGCUAAAUAGCUAUCGAGAUAGUUUUCAGAUAGAUUCAAUUCAGCCGCCGCCGUUGUCGCCGCCAUUUGCGAUUUUUGUUGUUUUUUCUUCCAUGACCAAAAGUGACACAAAACAAAAAAAUACAAGAGAAAAACAAGUGAAAAGCCCAAGGGAGAGGCGAAAAGAAAAGUGCUAAAUUGAUGAAUUCAACAAAAAUACAAGUAUUCAACGGGAAUUCUUGAGGUUUAAGAAAUACAUCAAAGUGCACUCUGACAUCAUCUGCAAAGCUCCACUCUCCACUGCGCGAAAAAAAGUAACACCAAAAAUUCAAAAAGAUAAAAACAACAACACCUCUUAAACAUCAAAAAGCAGACAACAAACAACAUUUCGACAGCAACAAAUGAAAAAUAACUCUUUUUUUUGGCCCAAUUGACACCAAAAACAAACAACAACAAACAAAAAGAAAACAAAAAACCACAAACCACUAAUGUAACUUUUUUUGAAGCCCACAAAAAGGACGAGUUAAAAGAAAACGCAACGUUUCGAGCUAAAAAAGUUUAAAUUAAACGCCCCGAAAAAAUCGUAAAAGACAGUUGCGAAAAGCCGUGAAAAAUCAAAAUAAGAAAUGCAAACGCGACUUUAAUACAAAUCCACUGACGAACGCUUGCUAAACGCUUUUUUCCCGGUUCAGCAGAGGUCAGCAAAACUUUCGACUCGGCAGAAAUAUAUAAAAAUUACCCAAAAAAAAAAUUAAAAACCUAUUACAAACGUAAAAUCCGUCAAGGACAUGAGUCAAUCGAGUAAUUGAGCGCGCUAAAUUCAAAAAGUCAUCAUUCCACACGUAACAACCGAAAAAGAAACGAAAAAGAGUUGAAGCAGGAGUAAGAAGAAGACAAGCUGAAAAAUACAAAUAUAUAAUAUUAAAGAUCGAUUUCGAAAUCUCCGAAACGCGUUUUCGAAAGCCACCUUCAAAUUCUAAAGUGUUCGAGCAGCAAACCUCGGUUUCAGGCAGUCCUAGGCUAUCCCCCCGGAUUUAUAUAUAUAUAAUAUAUAUCCGAUCGACUCACCAACCCCGAAGGUAAACCUCAAAAACACACGCACACUUAACCAAAAAAAAGAGCUACCGAAAAUGGCAUCCGAACUGGAUCAAUUCGCCGACCUGGAACUUUCAAAGGAGGAUCGUGAACAGAUCUUCGAUCCGCCACUGGAUCGACAGCAGUUGGAAGGUGCUGGCACCUCAAGUGUUACGACAUCAAAAAUCUUAAUAAGCGGCAUACCGAUGCAAACACGUUUCGAAGACAUCGAACCGCUACUGAAGCCCUAUGGCAUCGUCAAACAGUGUGAGGCUAUUUCUAGUAAGGAUCAAAAUACUCAAACAGUACAUAUAACAUUCGAAAAUCCUGAGCAGGCGCAAAGAGCUGCUGGUGGUCUGAACGGUGUCGAGUUCGAGGGCAGCAAGCUGCAUGCCGAGCAGCUGGACAAGAACCAGCGGCGUAGCCAGCGCAACCAGCGCAAUCCGUACCCGGGAAUGCCCGGCCCCGGACGCCAGGCGGACUUCCCGCUGCGCAUCCUGGUGCAGAGCGAGAUGGUGGGCGCCAUCAUUGGCCGCCAGGGCAGCACCAUCAGGACGAUCACACAACAGAGCCGUGCUCGCGUCGAUGUCCAUCGCAAGGAGAACGUUGGAUCGCUGGAGAAGUCGAUCACGAUCUAUGGCAAUCCGGAGAACUGCACCAAUGCCUGCAAGCGCAUCCUGGAGGUGAUGCAGCAAGAGGCCCUCUCCACGAAUAAGGGAGAAAUUUGCCUCAAAAUACUCGCCCACAACAACUUGAUUGGACGGAUCAUUGGCAAGUCGGGCAACACCAUUAAGCGGAUCAUGCAGGACACCGAUACGAAGAUCACCGUCAGCUCGAUCAACGACAUCAACAGCUUCAAUCUGGAGCGCAUCAUCACGGUCAAGGGAUUGAUUGAGAACAUGUCGCGUGCCGAGAACCAGAUUAGCACCAAACUGCGCCAGAGCUACGAGAACGACCUGCAGGCGAUGGCGCCGCAGAGCCUCAUGUUCCCCGGUCUCCAUCCCAUGGCAAUGAUGUCGACACCGGGCAACGGCAUGGUCUUCAAUACGAGCAUGCCGUUCCCCUCGUGUCAAAGCUUUGCCAUGUCCAAGACCCCGGCCAGCGUGGUUCCGCCGGUCUUCCCCAACGACCUGCAGGAGACCACCUAUCUCUACAUACCGAACAACGCUGUCGGCGCCAUUAUCGGCACCAAGGGCUCGCACAUCCGCAGCAUCAUGCGCUUCUCGAACGCAUCCCUCAAAAUAGCCCCCCUCGACGCCGACAAGCCGCUGGACCAGCAAACGGAGCGCAAGGUGACGAUUGUUGGCACACCGGAGGGUCAGUGGAAGGCGCAGUACAUGAUCUUCGAGAAGAUGCGCGAGGAGGGCUUUAUGUGCGGCACGGACGAUGUGCGCCUAACGGUUGAGUUGCUAGUGGCCAGCUCUCAGGUGGGCCGCAUUAUUGGUAAGGGCGGCCAGAAUGUUCGCGAAUUGCAGCGCGUGACGGGCAGUGUGAUCAAGUUGCCUGAGCACGCUUUGGCGCCUCCCUCCGGCGGAGAUGAGGAGACACCGGUGCACAUCAUCGGACCUUUCUACAGCGUACAGUCUGCACAGCGACGCAUUCGAGCCAUGAUGCUAUCCACAAAUCCGCCGCCAAUCACCAAAAAACAGAAAGCUGCCAAAGAACAAUUGCAACAACAGCAACAGAGCCUAGCCGGAGCUGCGACCAGCGGGUCUCAGCAGCAGCAGCAGCCACAGUCACCAUCGCAACAGCAGGCGCUGCCGCCGCAAUUGCAUCAUCAGCCUGUGUCGUCGGCGUCGUCAUCGUCGACGCCACCUGCACACCAUCAGCAGCAGGCGUCGACGGCAGCGAGCGCCCACCAGUUGCAGCAGCAGCAGCAGCCAUCGCCGCCGCCACCUGGCAAUGCAACUGCGGCCGCAGCCCAGCAGCAGCAGCUGGCUAGCUCACAGCAGUAAGGAGGAAGGAAUCACCGAUGAAGGAGUGCCGGCGCCGCAGCAGAAACAUCAACAGCAGCAGCAACAACAACAGCAGCAGAAGCAGCAGCAGCAGCGACAGCGCCAACAAUAGCCAAGGCAGGGUUUUCUACUAUUGAUACUACCUCCACAACAACACACCCAUAAUCUUCAAACCCCCCCAGCCCAAGAACCACCCAAAAUUUACAACCCUAUAAUUACAAGCUAACCGUAGGCGCCACCUUUGUGCUGGCACAGGCGACGGCAAAAGUAAGCAAACAACCUGGAGCAGUAACAUAAACAAAAAAUCAUAUACAUAUAUAUAUAUAUAUAAUAGGGGAACAACUACAUCAAAAAAAAAAAAGUGAGCCGCGUGAAGAAGCUCUACUAGUUCAUAACAGUGUAAUGCAACUUUAACAAGAAGAACAUCAAUCAAACACACACAGCAAGAAUAACCAUAACAACAUUCUUCAUUUGCAUACUAAGAAAUAAAGAGAAAACCUUAAAUAGAAAGCGCUAUCGUUCGCCCGAACCACUAA